CUUUGUUUCCCACAGUGUUCGAUGCUUAAAAUGUCAUUAGUUCAAGCAAUUUCGAUUCUCUAUGCAGUGGCAUGUGUUCAAGCUGGAGUGCUUAAUCCUUACGCGUAUGCAGGAGCAGGACAUACUGGGAUUUCAACUGUAGGAGGAGCUCAUUUAGCAGGUGGAAAUAUUCCAAUCCCUGUUGGUCCUUACGGUACAGAAGUUGAUUAUCAUUCUCAUCCCAAAUAUAAUUACAACUAUGGUGUAUCUGACGCCUUGACUGGAGACAACAAAGCCCAAUCUGAGGUCAGAGAUGGCGAUGUGGUCAAAGGUUCGUACUCUGUAGUGGAGCCAGACGGUUCCAUACGUGUGGUGGAAUAUGCAGCAGACGAUGUUAACGGUUUCAACGCGGUGGUUAAAAAAAUUGGUCCGAGUUUACAUAAGGCUCCUGCACCGGUCGUACAUAGUCCAUACGCAGGAUACGCAGGACCUGCAGCAUAUGCGGGAUAUGGUGGGCAUAGUGUGCAUUACUGAAACAAAUCUAGGUUUUUUGUUUUC